UUUUGUUCAGUCUAGUUUGAUCAGCUCAAAGAUUAAAGAUGUCUCCAUUGUUCCUAAGUGUGUUGGUAGUACUGGGGGUCAGUGUUAGCGCACAAUUCGAUACCGGAUUUAACAGAUUUGACAGAUUUGGCCGCAGAUGCCAAACAACAUCUAUUGGAGACACGUGUCCGGGGUAUCAGGUCUGUCUGGCAGGCACGUGCCGGGAUGCUCGAGGAAACUUUGAGAGAUGCUCAAUGGGUGGGACAUGCGAAAAUUCCUUUACACACACGUGCAGAAAAGGAUAUUGUGUACCAACUUUAGGAACAUGUAGAUUGGAUCGCGACUGCGGGAUUCGGCAAAGAUGUAAUUUGGGGACAUGUGUAGCUGAUACCACCAGGGAAUGCCGAUCGGAACGAGACUGCGGAUUUGGUUCCCAGUGUGUAGGAGGCAGAUGUUAUUCAGAUUCAACACAGUGCAGGAGAGACGUGGACUGUGGACCAAAUCAAAGAUGCCGAGGAGGAACUUGUCUCGCAGACACACAUUGCAAUCAGGAUAAUGAUUGUGGAUUCGGUCAGUACUGUCGAUUCGGCACCUGUAUGGAAUCAAACAUAGGAGGUCCAAUGAUUCCUGGAGGUAUGGGAGGACGAUGUAGGAGGACCAGAGACUGUGAGUUGUACGAGCGAUGCUUUAACGGUUACUGUAUGCCAGGUCAGAACCAGGGAUCCUCUUACUGUGAUCUUUACCGUGGGAGAAACUGUCAGCUAGGAUACCAGUGUUUAAACAAUCGAUGUGUACCUAUGGGUACAGAAACUCACCAGGAAUAUUGUAGAAGCAGUCGACAAUGUGAAUCUGGCUACCGCUGUGUGAGAGGGCGCUGCACACCACGACGCCUUUAAUACCGGAUAAAGGUGCUUACAAAAAUGAUGCAGGAGAAGACCCAGGUUGAGAAUAAAUCGAGAGGCAUGUACGGACAAUUCUUUUGUGGAGAAAGAAAGACAAUAGUUGUGACGACAUAGUUCUUAAUAAAUUGAAUAAAAUUUAAAA